AUGACUACAAACAACCUUACUGAGCAUAUGCAUAAAAUGGUAGAAGCACGACGUAGUGGGACACAAACGGUUGUUUCAUUUAUUGAACGUUUGUAUGGCAUUAAAAUUCUUCGAGAUUCAUUAGUUCAAAAUGAACUUGGUGAAACCUCAUUUAAUGCGGGGCGUCUCUAUGUACUUCUUGGUCUAGUUAUGCCAGUAAUUGGACAUGAAAAUUACAUGUUUGUUAAAAAACAGUGUAAAAAGUUUUAUUCACCCUACAAUCAUUAUUCUAUCAAUAUGGCGGCAGAACUAACUGAAAAAAUUGAUGCAAUGAUUACUAAGGGUUCAUAUCGUGAUAUCUGUAAGCACGUCUAUGUGGCAAGAUUAUAUAUAGAAUUAUUACAUGAAAGGUUACAAGUGCAAGAUGUCAAACAGAGCCUAAUAAAGUAUUUUAAAAGUAAAGAGCAUGCUAUUGCAUUUGAAAAAAAAAAUUAUAUUAUUUAUAAUAGAACUGAUGAUAAAGCUUAUCAGGAAAUUCAGCGGCUCUUUAAUUAUAUUGGCAAUGAUAUCUUUUUUUUAACCGAUCAAAGAACAGCAAUACAAGAUCUAUUUUAUCCAAUAAAUAAUACACAAAUUCCCACAACAAUAGGAUCACUAAGAAAUUACAAAUCAAAGUAUUGA